CACGUAUUUUUUUUGUUGUUAAAAAAAAAAAGAGAUUAAACGACAAUUAUUAUUGUAUUAUUAUUAUCAAAUUAAUAUUGUGAAAUGGGUGGCGAUACAAACGAGGUUUAUGAUUUAGAUGCAAUUCUGGUAGAACUUGGAAGUUUUGGUCCAUUUCAAAUAAAAAAUUAUAUUUUAUUAACAAUACCAAUGCUGGCAUCAGGGAUUUAUACACUUAGUUACGUUUUUACGGCAGCUAAUCCACAAUACAGAUGUUUUGUACCAGAAUGUGAAAAUUUAACAGACACAACUUUCAAGACAGAAUGGCUAAGAAAUGUGAUACCAUUUAAAAAUGAUGAGCCAAAACAAUGUUAUCGAUACGAAAAUGUACAUCCCAAUAAUACAGUUGAUAAAUUCGUCGAAGAAAUAUGUCCUUCCUCCUGGUUUGAACACAAUGAAAUUCAAUGUUCAGAUGGUUAUGUAUUUAACACAGAUCACACAUCUAUUGCUAAAGAUUUUGAUAUAUUGUGUAAGGAUCAAUGGAAACUUACGUUGCCCGGAACAAUUCACAAUGUGGGACAGUUUUUGUCAAUGCCGCUAACUGGCGUUGUCUCCGAUAAUUUUGGAAGAAAAUUCGCUUUGAGUGUUGGAUUAAUCGCAAGCGUAAUAGCUGGAAUAAGUCGUUCCUUUUCACCAAAUUAUAUAUGGUAUAUAAUUUUUGAAUUUUUGGAUGCAGCAAUCGGAUCAGCUGUAUAUGUAUCAGCAUUCGUUUUAGGUACAGAAUUUGUAAGUCCUUCAAAUCGUGUAUUGAUUGCAACAAUAUUAUUUUGUGCGUAUCCGUUGGGUGAAACCGUUCUCGGUACUGUUGCUUGGAAUGUAUUAUCAUGGCGACGUUUGCUUCAAUUUUUAUAUUGGCCUGGAUUAUUAUCAGUCGUUUACUUCUGGAUAUCUCCUGAAUCUGUACGGUGGUUACUAUCAAAAAGUCGUCAUCAAGAAGUGGAAAAAAUUAUUAAAAAUGCUGCAAAAGAAAAUGGUGUAACAUUAUCAGACAAAGCUUUAUGUGCUAUUCAAUCGAAUGCUUGUAUUUCAUCGAGCCCGCCGCCUUCUAAUUUAGAAUAUACAUUGAAAGAUGUCUUAAAGAAUACACGAAUGUUCUUUCGUUUGAUCAACUGUUCAAUUUGUUGGAUUACAUGUAUAUUUGUAUAUUAUGGUUUAUCUUUAAAUUCUGUUGAAAUUGCUGGCAAUAUUUAUUUAAAUUUCAUACUGGUGGCAUUUGUGGAAAUUCCUGGUAAUUUGGCAAGUUAUUUUUUCUUGGAGCGAUUAGGACGUAGAAAAUCAUUAUGCGGAUCACUUUUCUUAGCUGGAAUAUCAUGUAUAUCGUUUAUAUUUGUAGAUAAAGACAUGCAAACUCUAAAAUUGAUAUUAUUUUUGUUUGGUAAAUGUGCCAUAACAAUUUCAACCACAGUAAAUUAUGUAUAUACUGCAGAAUUAUUUCCAACACCUUUACGACAAACUUUGGUGGGAAUAUGUUCGAUGUUUGGACGAUUUGGAUCAAUGCUUGCGCCACAAAUGCCCUUAUUGGCUCAAGUAUGGAAACCACUGCCAAUGCUUUUAUUUGGUAUUAUGCCAUGUAUAUCUGGUUUUUUAGCACUAUUUUUCCCAGAAACUUUAAAUACUAAAUUACCUGCUACAUUCGAAGAAGCUUUAAAUAUUGGGAAAUUAAGAAAAUCAUAUUAUGAAAUGGUUGUUAUUACAAAUGGAGUUUGUGAUUUGGAUGCGAUUCUGUUAGAGCUUGGAAACUUUGGUCCGUUCCAAAUAAAAAACUAUAUUUUAUUAACGCUAUCACUACUUGCAACAGGAGUUUUUUCGAUAAGUUUUUUAUUUACAUCAGCAAAUCCACAAUAUAGAUGUUUUGUACCAGAAUGUGAAAAUUUAACAGAUGCAACUUUCAAUACAGAAUGGCUAAGAAAUGUGAUACCAUUUGAAAAUGAUGAACCAAAACAAUGCUAUCGAUAUGAAAAUGUACAUUCAAAUAAUACAAUUAAUAAACUUGGCGAAGAAAUAUGUCCUGCAUCCUGGUUUGAACGUAAUGAAAUUCAAUGUUCAGAUGGUUAUGUAUUUAACACAGAUCACACAUCAAUUGCUAAUGAUUUUGACAUAUUGUGUAAGGAUCAAUGGAAACUUACUUUACCCGGGACAAUUCAUAGCGUAGGCGGAUUUUUUUCAAUGCCGCUUACUGGUGUUUUUUCCGAUAAGUUUGGUAGAAAAUUUGCAUUGAGUGUUGGUUUACUUGCAAGCGCAAUAGCUGGUUUAUGCCGUUCAUUUUCGCCAAACUAUUUCUGGUAUAUAUUUUUUGAAUUUUUGGAUUCUGGAAUCGGAUUAGCCGCGUAUGUAUCUGCAUUCGUUUUAGGAACUGAAUUUGUAAGUCCUUCAAAACGUGUUUUGAUUGCAACAAUUUUAUUUUGUGCGUAUCCGUUUGGAGAAACAAUUGUCGGUACUGUAGCCUGGAAUGUUUUAUCAUGGCGUCACAUGCUACGAUAUUUAUAUGGGCCUGGACUGAUUUUUAUCGCUUAUUUUUGGAUUGCUCCUGAAUCCGUGCGAUGGUUAAUAUCAAAAGGACGUCAUACAGAAGUGGAAAAGAUUAUUAAAGCUGCUGCAAAACAAAAUGGUGUAAUAUUAUCAGACAUUGCAUUGUCUGCUAUGCAAUCGAAUUCUGGUCUGUCAUCGACUUCAUCAAUUUGCAAUUUAGACUACAAAUUAACAGACGUGUUAAAGACUAUACCAAUGUUAGUUCGUCUUGUAAACUGUUCAAUUUGUUGGUUCACAUGCAUAUUUGUAUAUUAUGGUUUAUCUUUAAAUACUGUUGAAAUUGCUGGCAAUAUUUAUUUAAAUUUCAUACUGGUGGCAUUUGUGGAAAUUCCUGGUAAUUUGGCAAGUUAUUUUUUCUUGGAGCGAUUAGGCCGUAAAAAAUCAUUGUGUGGUUCACUUUUCUUAGCUGCAAUAUCAUGUAUAUCGUGUAUAUUUUUAAAUACCGACAUGGGAUCCCUAAAAUUAAUAUUAAUUUUAUUUGGCAAAGGUGCCAUAACAAUUGCAACUACUGUAACCUAUAUAUACACAGCAGAGUUAUUUCCAACACCUUUAAGACAAACUUUGGUGGGAAUAUGUUCAAUGUUUGGACGGAUUGGAUCAAUGCUUGCGCCACAAAUGCCCUUAUUGGUCCAAUUAUGGAAUCCGCUACCAAUGGUUUUAUUUGGUUUUACUUCGUGUAUAUCAGGUCUAUUAGCAUUAUCUUUUCCAGAGACGUUAAAUAUAAAAUUACCUGAUACAAUUGAAGAAGCUAUGAAUAUUGGAAAAAAAGUGUAGUAUAAGAUUUACAUUUAAAGAGUUGUUCAGUAAGAUGUUAUCAGUUAUAUAUACUAUCUUUGUUUAACACACUGGCAUUAAUGUGCUAAACAAAGAUGGGCAAUAACGUAUAAGUGAUAACAUCUUACUGAACAAUCUUUCUUCUUUUGAAAUAUUUAU